CACAAGUGUGUGGGUUGGUUUGGAACUGGAGUGCUCUGGUCUGAUGAUAGAUGAUAGAUGACGGAAAAUGGAAAUUGGCCUAUUGAACAUACAAAUAAAAAUUUACCUCAGGAUUAUAGAUCCAAACAGAAGAUGAUUGAGCUGCAUCUGAAAUGAAAGAAAAAUAAGACAGACAGAUUUUUAUAUUGAAUAUUUACCACUACAUAGACUAUGAUGAAACUGUCUGGAAAGAGCAAAUGUAGGAACUGCAUUCACACAAUCACCCUGUAAACUGAAAUACCUGUAGAUGAUUGGAAUGCAUUUCAAGCUGAGAUUUGACCAAAUCCUUUAAAAAAAAAAAACUCACAAAAUGAACAAGACUGCAUGUGUUAUUGUUGGUGCAGGUUUGUUUUAGAGGUAGCAGUUUACAAUCAAUGUUUAAUUUAGAUCAUAUGAAGUAUGUACUGUAGUCCUUUUUGUACACGAUACAACUUAGCCAUUUUCUACUUCGACUGUUCAUUUAAGGAAACUUUAUUACUGGAUAGGCUGAAGUGUUCUUUAACAUGAUGGUGCCUGUUUGGGGAUAUUACCCCUGAUAGGUCUUAAUUUAUUUCUGUUGUUAUGUAAUAAUAGUUUAGUUGACAACUUAAAAUACUUAUGACAGUACACAGUUCUGUGUAAUUCCAAUCAUAUGUUUUUCCUGAUGUUGAUUUUCAUUGUGUUUCAGUGGAUACAUCAGAACAGGCACUAACACAUGCAAUGCUUACUCCUGUAAACCUUUCAGUUGCUGAGAGUGCUGUUGUCAGUGGUUGAAACAGUGUAUGUGCAUGUACAUAUGUACAUCUACCGAGUGCUGUCCUCUUCCUUAAAAGACAAAGAUCGGGGCAGCGGCAUGUGUCAUCACACCCGGGGUGUAAGAGCACAUGCGCAUUUGUGUCUAAAAUAAUUUUACGUGCUACUGAAUUUUACUGCUAUUGUCAAAACCUUACCAUUGAAUAUAGCUGAAUCACAUGAAGCAUAACUAUCAACUGCUGGAAACUUGUAUAAACUGUUAUGUACAGCUCACAUGUACUCAUUGUGUCCCUACAUGUAUAUUAGCUUACCUGAGCUAGACUAGUUGUGAAAAAGCAGACAAGCUUACCUUCUCACUAAAUUACUUUACUGCAUAUUGAUUUCAGUUGGUUAAGACACUUUUCUCCUCGUUGUCUGGUUUGGUUUAACUGACAUGUUGGUUCAUUACACUUGUGCAGUGAAUUUAAUUGAGAAGCAUAAGUCAGACCAGAGCUAGAUCUUUAUUCUAUUCAAGGCAACUGUUUGUUGAAAGGGUUUUGUCAGAUCAUUACAGUGCUCACUCCUGUAGCUCAUUAUUCGCCCUCUAACGGUGUCAUUCAUGUAAAAUGUAUUUCAGAUGGUAUUAAAUCAUUUAGAAAACUCUAUCCUUCUAUGUCCUAUGUUUGCGUAUGAUACGUGAGAGUCCACUAUGGUCUGAGCGAUGCAAGUUUGAUCAGCAGAGGGUAUACGCACAGAUAGACUACAAGGGUGCUAACUGUAUAUGGUCCACACCAAGCAGACUAGAAAGUAGUAGGAUAAGAACAACUCUGAGUCCAUGGUGUCUGCAGCUGUUCAUGUGCACAUACGCAAGGGAGGAUAAUUGAGCCUUAAGUCGUGUAAUUUUAAGAUUAUCCUAUCUCUUAAUAUGCAGGAAGGUCUAAUGAAAAGACAUUAGAGGUGGAAUUUUAACCCUCCAUGGAAGUGCAAUGCUAAAAGACUGGAGCUGCCCUUUAAGCGCAUCAUUACAAACUCAUGAUUAAACACCGUCAAACCCUGAUUUUUUUUAAACUUCUAAUUUCAGAAUCUGUACAAUUUCAAGACAGUGUUACAUUUUAACAUGUCAGUUUUUUUGACAUUACAGAACUGAAUAUGAAUAUACAGUAUAUAAUUAUAUAUAUGGGGAGUACUGGAAGCAUUAAGGAUCAUACAGAAGUUGGCAGUAAAGCUUGACAUUCUACACACAGCGACAAGCCCAGCCCCUUCAGCCCAAGAAUGAAACUGAUUGCAUUAUAGUGACAGCUUACUAACCACUUGCCUGUGAUAAGGUUUGCACUGCUGUAUUUGGUGUCUCAGGUUUCAAGACUCACCCUGUAUCCUGUAUUUGUUUUUCUUCACAAAGCAGAGUCAGAGUGGAUGGACAUACAGCACAACUGUGACCUUACAGAAAGAGUCUACACUGUUGCACUGGAGCACCAGACUUAUAAUACCUGAAGAAUGAAUAACAGCCACCAGGAAGCAGCAAACGCCCAGGAGACAAGCUUUGCUGGUCCCAGCCCAUCCAAACAGAAGAAGGUUAUCUACUUCUCCAGCGGUGAAACCUUGGAGGAGGAAGACAGUGAGGAGGAAGAGGAGCAGUCAUCGAACAGACCUCCGUUCAGAGAACCUACAGAGAGGACUAGGUUUUCAUUCAAGAAUGUGGCCAUUCUGGUUGGGAGGAUUUCACUGAUGACUUGUGAUUUCUUGGGAGAGAGACUAGCUGGUGCACUUGGACUGAACGUAGCCAAAUACCAGUAUGCCAUCGAUCAACAUCAGCGUGAUCACAAGAAAACAAGCAGUCCAGCCACAGAUGGUCUUAUGGAGGGACAGGCAGAGACGAUCCACCUCUCACCUGGGCUGGACUGGAGGCGUUAUGGAGCUUCAGGAGAUGCAAGAUGCCCCACCGAUCCCCCGGAGAGCUAUGAUGAGAAACAUAUGAACAGAAAAGGAGGAUACCACAACACAAGCUAUCAAACAGAUGAGGAUUAUUUGAAAUAAAAUUAACAGAAGAAAAAUGGAAU